AUGGAGACCAACGAGUCUUCCAACCGCCCUUCAAGUCCAGGGCUGACACUGCCCCGAGGUGGUUAUCCUACAAAAUAUGUACAUCGCCCGAGCUUUGAUGGCCAUCAGCCAAGCGGCGAACCGGCCAAUCCAUUUGUGAAACCUUAUGGCACCCCCGAGAUAGAGUCCAUGAAUACGGUCUUGUACGCAAACCUUACCCUCAACCAGGGUGAUACGCUUGUAUAUGUCGACAUCCCCUCCUUGCCUGAGGACCAGCGCAAGAAGACUACUUGCGGCGGCAUCUUGCCUGCAUCACAGCACUUUUUGGUUCACUCAAGCAAUCUUUUUGCCCUCUUAGACUCCAAGUUUCCGCAAAUGCUGGACAAUGCCAUCUACCAAGCCCGUGUAAAGCGGCGCAGAAAACCAACAGAGGACUUGCUCAAGGGCGUCAAGUAUCUUCUGGACCUUACACCUCCCGUCGAGGGCGACGACUUGGUUUUCCAGAUCUCCGAGUUAUCACUCACACCAGGAAUCAUCAAGUGGUGGAGCGCGAAAGCACUAUUCGCCAUUGAGCAAGACUUAGUCACUGGUCAUGACGAUGUUUGCUCUUGCUCGUCCGACACCCCCUCUUCCCAAGACUCUAUACCUGUUCCGUCCCCUACAUUGGAAAUUUCCCGAGACCCGUCCCAGAAGUUUGACGAUGGCACUUCCCCUACCUUUGUGCAGAAUAUACCCCAGAAGAUGAUCUCAGUCACCAUACCCCCGCGCGUCAGCGACGUGAAGCUUCUACAAGAGAAGGGGCAAGAUACGCUCAUGAACGCUCCCCCCCAUUACCAGAUCCCCGACUACUGUGUCAUUCGUCAUUGCCACAGCAUAAUUCGUUUCAUGUUGAUGAUCGAGGGUGUAAAUGUCAACUUGAACUCGGCAGCCCGUGUAUGGUCGAUGGUAGCAAUCAGCAAGAUCUUUGAAGCACCAUCUGUGAUUCGCGAUCAAGUUGCUACCUGGAUCAUGUCAAACACUACGUUUGUUGAAGUCCUACCCGAAGAGGCUUUUAGAAUCGGCUAUAGGCUCCAGCUACCAGACAUCACCCAGGCAGCAUUCCGGAUCCUCGUCAAUGAACUCGCACUUGAAGAGGCUGCCUACGACUUUGAACCUGGUAAGCCCCGCCGCCAGGUGUCGGUAUUCGGAAGACGGCUUGGCAGCCCCGAUGACGAGACAGUCAAUGUCAUCCAGCAUGCAGCUCGUGCUUUCAUUGAUAGGAUCGUGAAACAACACAACGAAACCGUUGCUCCAUCUCUGUUCGAUAGGCUCGAACUGGCGGAAUGGGACAAACUGAAAAAUCUUGAACGUGCUCUUGAGCAAGAGGAAGACGACUCGUUUGUUACAAUCCUGGCGAAACUUCGUUCACUUAUGAGAGAGAUACAAAUUUCAAUCACAAACAACUUGGAUUCGGCAUUGAACAGGUGCGUUGAUGGCUAUGGGGAUUAUUGUCAUCUUGACAAAGAUCGCGUCUUGUACACCGAGCCAAAGGAUUUCGAGCCUUUACGAGAGAUUUUCCUGAGAUUCAACGUGACCCAAAGACUUCUUUGCCCCAUUGUUUCCACUACGAUUGGAAGUGACUUGGCGAGUAUCACCAAUGAUGUAUACUUCAAACAGGGGAUAGAGUCUUUGAAACGAGAGUUGCAGGUCGCAGUCGCUCGGGCCCCAUACCUCCACGAUUUCUCCUCAUGGGGGUCUAUUCUUGAGCGGAUGGCUGAGAAUCCGCUCAUCAACCAGCGCUACAUAGUGAGCGAGCCCUUCUUCAACAUGGGAAACCUCCACAUAGACCUCGUUGAUCAAUUAUCAAUUACCGAGACUUGGGACCGGAUCAAACAUGGGUUCCAGUUUGCCAUGCCUUUGACUCGCCACAUGCUUCUAACCCUCACCCAUAACGAGAUGAAAUAUCUCCCCUUGUGGGCGGGCGGAAAUGAUGAUGGCACGGGUGGUGUAUUUGAGGACUUCCUCCCGCCUGCCGAGAUGGGGCCGAAUGGGCCUGGUCCAGCCUACCACACUGGCCAGACCCUACCAUCAGACGCAUCCAGUAUCUCCGGUUCGUUGAUGGACGAGAUCGAGGCCAUGAGAAUCACCGGAAGCACAGCAGCCGGAAGUUCGGUCGCUCGGUCGAUAGAUGUACAGGAUGGUAUCUCGACGGUGUACCGCCCAGACCGCGUUAUUGCCCUCGGGUCUUCCAUUGCUUCUGAAAGCUUUGAUGACGGUGCUUCUGAAUUCGAAAGGGCUGCAUUGGCGGUACCUGCAGCUCACCAAGACAUCACAAGCCUAGACGAUGUGGAUAUGUCGGAUAGCAUGUCCGACGCAACCAUUACAUCCUUCGGGGAUGAUUUCGACGAUGAUUUCGACAACGACUCCGCGUUCCAGGAAUUCAUGGAGUGA